AUGGGGGCCAGUAGGAGUAGCGAUCCGAAUCAGGACGGGUCAGAUGAGCAGCAGAAACGAUCGGAGAUCUACACGUAUGAGGCGCCAUGGCACAUCUACGCCAUGAACUGGAGCGUCCGUCGGGACAAGAAGUACCGGCUGGCCAUCGCAAGUCUCCGGGAGCAGUACCCGAACCAAGUGGAGAUCGUGCAGCUGGACGACUCAAACGGGGAGAUCCGGUCGGACCCCAACCUGUCGUUCGAGCACCCGUACCCGCCGACCAAGACCAUCUUCAUCCCGGACAAGGAGUGCCAGAAGCCAGACCUGUUGGCCACCUCGAGCGAUUUCCUCCGCGUGUGGCGCAUCUCCGGGGAGGACGAGGAGUCUGAUUCCUCCUCCUCCUCGUCAGUGGAGCUCAAGUCCCUCCUCAACGGCAACAAGAGCUCCGAGUUCUGUGGGCCCCUCACCUCCUUCGACUGGAACGAGGCGGAGCCCAAGCGUAUCGGCACCUCCUCUAUCGACACUACCUGCACUAUCUGGGACAUAGAGCGCGAGGCGGUGGACACCCAGCUCAUCGCCCACGACAAGGAGGUCUACGACAUCGCCUGGGGCGGCGUUGGUGUCUUCGCCUCCGUCUCGGCAGACGGCUCCGUGAGAGUGUUCGACCUGCGCGACAAGGAGCACUCGACCAUCAUCUACGAGAGUUCGGAGCCCGACACCCCCCUGGUCCGGCUGGGAUGGAACAAGCAAGACCCCAGGUACAUGGCCACCAUCAUCAUGGACAGCGCCAAGGUGGUCGUCCUGGACAUCCGCUUCCCGACCCUCCCAGUCGUCGAGUUGCAGAGGCACCAGGCCAGCGUCAACGCCAUUGCCUGGGCCCCUCACAGCUCUUGCCACAUCUGCACUGCCGGAGAUGACUCCCAGGCUCUCAUCUGGGACCUCUCCUCCAUGGGCCAGCCGGUGGAGGGUGGCCUGGAUCCCAUUCUGGCCUAUACAGCCGGGGCCGAAAUCGAGCAGCUGCAGUGGUCCUCUUCCCAGCCCGAUUGGGUUGCAAUUGCCUUCUCCACCAAGCUUCAGAUACUCAGAGUAUGA